CCAUUUUCUCCCUCAGGCUGAAUCCUUGAGGAAAAACAGCACAAACUAAUGAUUAAACAGGGCAUAUUAAGCUCCACAAGGUGCUUUUGAAUGAAAUUAAUGUCAAAAACGCCCUGGAGUCUCUUUGUGGAUGCUUGUUGUUCAGUCUAACAAGGAGAAAUACUGUGCAGAUUUGUGGUUUGACUCUUUAGGUGAAACAUGCAGCUGGGUGAUGUAUAUCCAUGCUGCGCAACUGGAGAUACCUUGAUGCAGAGAGGCAGCUCUUUUUGCGCAAUCCACCUCUCCGCUGGUAGGUUUGACGCACAGUAAACAUCGUGUUCACCCAUUGUUCUGUGAAAUGUUGCAGCAAGAAAAGUCUCUGAAGUGCUGAGCAGCCAGCAGCCUCUCCCUCUCUCUCUCCCUCAGUCUCUCUCUCUCCAAACCAGAGCGCACAGCGUCCACACCAUGCGCAGCAGGCAGUGUAGCGCAGCGUAUCCAGCGUGUCACACUGAUGAAGUGCCUCUUCUGACCCGAACGAUUCAAAGCCUCAGCAGAAGUUGCGCACAGGAGGCAAUGUGUCCAAACACCUGGAUGGGUUUCCUGGAAGCGAUUUGCUCCUCUUGGUUCUUUUACGCUCCGUCUUAGCGCGUCUUCUGGUGGGUACGCGAUGUCCUGGAUGUAUUUUCUCCGGAGACUGUGAAGUGGAGGGAAGCACAGCUCGCAGAGACCAUGUGGAGAGCGGACACGUCCCUGGGUGGCAGCACCGGAGACACAAAGCGACUCCAGUAGGAGAGCAUUAUUUGCGCUUUUGUGGAGAAAAAGAUCCUUCCAUGAGGAAACAAAGAGAGAAGAGAUGGUAGAGAAUGGCCGCACCUGACCUUCUUGACCCAAAGUCUGCCGCCCACAACUCCAAGCCUCGCCUGUCGUUCUCGACCAAGCCAGUGGUGCUGAACACUCCGGAGGAUGAGUGCGACACCCGGACCACUGUCAUGAGGUGGAAAACUGUGUCAGCCAUCUUCUUCCUGGUGGUGCUGUACCUCAUCAUCGGGGCGACGGUGUUCAAAGCUCUGGAGCAACCUCAUGAAAGCUCCCAGAAACUGGCCAUUCUAGCUCAAAAACUGGAAUUCUUGGCCAUGCAUGACUGUGUGAACUCCUCUGAGCUGGAGGACCUGGUCAAGCAAGUGGUUUCAGCAGUUCGAGCAGGUGUGAACCCAUCAGGAAAUUCAUCCAAUCAGACGAGCCUUUGGGACCUCAGUUCCUCCUUUUUCUUUGCUGGGACUGUUAUCACCACCAUCGGAUUUGGGAACAUCUCUCCGCACACAGAAGGAGGCAGGAUCUUCUGUAUAAUCUACGCUCUACUGGGAAUUCCCCUGUUUGGAAUCUUACUGGCUGGUGUCGGUGACCAGCUGGGGACCAUUUUUGGGAAGGGCAUCGCCAGAGUAGAAAAGAUGAUCGUGAAGUGGAAAGUCAGCCAGACGAAGAUCCGUGUCAUCUCCACGCUGCUCUUCAUCCUGUUCGGGUGCCUCAUCUUCGUGGCCCUGCCAGUGGUCAUCUUCCAGCAGAUCGAAGGCUGGAGCACGCUGGAGUCCAUCUACUUUGUUGUCAUCACCCUCACCACCAUCGGCUUUGGAGACUUUGUCGCCGGAGAAAAAGGUGGGUCAGAGAGUCUUAACUAUCUCGACUACUACAAGCCCGGGGUGUGGUUCUGGAUCCUGGUGGGUUUGGCGUACUUUGCUGCAGUGCUCAGCAUGAUUGGAGACUGGUUUCGGGUCAUCUCCAAGAAAACUAAAGAAGAGGUCGGGGAGUUUCGUGCACAUGCAGCCGAGUGGACAGCAAACGUGUCGGCCGAGUUCAAAGAGACCCGCAGGCGCCUCAGCGUUGACAUCUAUGACAAGUUCCAGCGUGCUGCAUCCAUCAAGCGCAAGCUGUCGUCCGAGUUGGGUAUCAAUGCGUCCAUCAACCAGGAAAUGACCCCUGGCAAGAGGACGCUGUCAGCCAACCUGUACGAGGACAGAGAGGCUUACCCCAGCCUGAGCCUGUCCCUCAGUCCUACACCAGGAGCCCUGACCAGGAACGGCAGCCUCUAUCUGAACGGCCUCAGCCCAGACUACGCCGACCGGAGGGAGAUCGCCGUCAUCGAGAAUCUCAAAUGAGCAACAGCGUGAAAUGAGGUUUAUGGAACUGAGUAAAACACAUCUGAUAGUGGACAGAGAUCUCAAACACUGUUGUACUUCUUGACUGAGGAUCACUGAUGAGGUACGCGUUUGUUCAGUAGAUUGUGCUCCAAUAAUCAGCCAUCGACCUGCGUACCUUCAUGUGCACUCAUUCUAUGAAAGGAGUCGUCCCUGCAAUGCGAUGGACAGCUGUGUGAGUGACUGAGCCGAAUCAAAAGCGUGAUCCAGACUGGAAGAAAUGACGGCAUCAGAGGCGACAGACCUAUGAGCAGAAAGGAGACACUGAGGUGGCAACACACCGGACCACCUCCUCCUAUGUUCCCUGUAAAACACACACACCUGAAUACAUUCAUCCAACUUGGGAAGCAAUAGAUGUGUCUGUCCUCAUCUCUUUCCAGAGGCCCUGAAAUCUGCAUCAGAUAAGGAGGAUCCUCGCUCUUAUAAAACACCGCAUCGUCAACAGUCAACACUGGUUUUUGGAGUCCUGCGCUAACACAAAGGAAUGUCACGUUUGUCGUUGGGUUUACACUUCUCGCAGUAUAAAUUUCUAUGCCUUGCAUUCGCCGGUCAGUCAGCCCUCACUCAAGAGAUGAAUGUCGACAUCUUAGUUCCCUCAUGACUGAAAUUCAGCUUCUCAUCCCAAGGAAUGAUCCAAUUGUGCCUUACUGAAAACCACAGUGAACAUGUGAGGGUAGAGGACGAUGACGCAUGGAAGAAUGAGCAACGCUCUGUACGUCCACUCAUGCUUGUUAUAUUUGAGCACAGCAGUAAUAAAGACUUAUUUAGGAUGAGACUUUUAUUUGACUAAUUUCAAGAGGAAUCUUUAGUAUGCAUGACGACUGAGUGGAGAAACCGUUGCUUGAGAUAAGAUUUGGGAAAAUAUCACCUCUUAUUCUAAUGUUUUAGGUAUUCAUCACCCGUCUCCAUGUGCUGGGGCAGUUGCAUUAACCACACAGUGCCAGGCUUGAUGAUCAAACCCCAUUUCCCCCCAUACCAAAGUAAUGAGCCUGCUUUCCUGAGAGAAGAAAUAGGUUUUCAGUCUGAUCAAAGCAUCCCGAUUCAUUUUUGUUGUUUCUAAAUCCCAACCUGCAGGGUUUCUUGAAAUCGAACCAAAUGUUUUUUUCCCUCGAAACAUAGAGCUUGGUGCAUCAACGCUAUUUUUUCUGUUCCAAAUAAACCCCCGGCAUGUUUGCUACCAUAGCAGUGAAAUCUCUGCAGCUUGGAGGCAUAUCUCUACCUUACCGCUUUUCAUGCUCGAGCUAGCCGAGAAGCAUUUCCUCAGCCGAUAAAGACGAGGUUUGUUACGUCUUGCCAAUACUGAAUGUAUACCAUCAGAAACCUUUACUUACUGUGUGAAUUGCAGCCGCUCUAGAUCACUUAAAUGGUAAAUGUGUCAACAUCAUGUCAGCUUAUAGUAACUGCAUCGAAUCGAAGUUCAAAAGCAUUUAUUUGCUCUUAUGUAAAAUCCUAAACUAGCAGUUUAGAUUUAGUACUUUGAGAAUAAAUUCCUCAAAGUAAGAAAGUGGUGAAACAAAAGUCAACCCACCUUUAAUGACUGAAAUUCAAAUCGUUCUUUUUUCUCUGUUCUUUCUUUGUCCACCUCAAUCGUCCUCGGCAAAGAAGACACCAGUGUUACAUAAAUCUCUCUUCUUCAGAGACUGUUUUUUUCAGCUGUUCUUUGCUGGAAGGCUUUUGUUGCUUUAUCUUUCUGUUUACACAGCUUCUUCUACUGGAUUUACAUCUUGAGACGUACUUGUUCGGGUCAUACUUUUUCUUCUUCAGAAACUCUUGUGUGCUGUGGGUCAUUAGCUCACUGGAAUAUUCCUGCUCUGCCGAACUUCUGCAGGCUGGGAGUCACUUUGCCAGCCAGUAUUUAGUGAUAUCCACAGGACUUCAUGGUGCCAAAUAUAAAUAUCCUCUUUGCGACCCCUUUAGCACUCCUCCAGCCCGCCCUGUGCUUCACUGUCAGGACUCUGCGUCCACUGUGGUAGUCCUGGCUCGCUUCAUACUAAACAUACUGAACCCCAUCUGAAACAAACUUAUUUUUUUUGUUUUGUUUUGUCUCACAAUCAGAUGUUCAAGCAAUUAUUGUCCAAAGCUGAGAAAGUUCCAACGUGUCACUUUAUCACCAAGUGUUUGAAAUUUACAGAUGUUCUCAGUUUAGUUUCUAUGUUGGAUGCAUUGACUUUCUACUGUUGAGCCUUUAUUUUCACGUUUGUUAUGUAUCAAGUGUCUGUUUUUGAUUGUUCAUAGGAGGAAGUGCUCCACUGUUCAACUGGAAAAAGUCUGAUUAGGGCUGGGCGAUGUGGCCAAAAAUAAAAUCUCUAUUUUUUUAGUCAUCUUGGACGAUUACGAUUUUAAUCGUUUUUUGUUGUUUCUUUGUGGUCUGUUUGCUAUGGCUAGUGUUAGCCAUGCCGCACUCCCGUAGCUGCCAGUACUCUUCCCAUUCUUUAGGAUGCCUCUGUCCGAGGUGCUGAAAGAGGUUAGUUGUGCUGGUACUCUUCGUUUUCACAGUACUUUUGCAAACCUUGCACAUGACUGUAGUUUGCUCUGUGUCAGUCUUGUCAAAGCCGAACCACUUCCAUAUAAUCGAUGUAACAUGAGGCCCUUUUGUCGCCACCAACUCUUCGUCUGCUGUUCUGUCCGCCAUGACGGGGGUGUGAGUGUUUUGGCGGAAGGAGAUGAGAGGCGGAAGCAAACACCAGUGCACAAGUCGUGAAAGGCAGAAGAAGAAUCUGUAUUGUUAUAUAUUGAAGCUCGCCUCGAUUUUACGAUUUGACAAAUUUUCAAAUUGUCAGGUUUUAAAAAGGCAAAUUAAUUGCCCAGCCCUAAGUCUGAUUAUUAAGAGUUGAGGCAGUUUAUAAUCUUUUGACACUAAAGUGUACCUCUGCUGUAGUUACGUGUUGAUUGGAAAACAAGAAAAUGGCCGAAAUGUUGUUCAGGCGCCGUUUAUAUCACACUUACAUUCAUUGUUUUUUAUUUUAAGUUCGUUCAUUUUAUUUAGGGUGUUUCUACAAGAAUGGAUUGCAUUUCAUGUCAGUUUUUUGGUGUGUCCCAGUUAAACGGUUUGGAUUGUGCAUCUCUUACAGGUUUUCUUCCGUGUAUUUUUCCAGAAAGACAUGCUGUAAUAUUCUCAGUAGAUUUGACCGUGCCAUUUACCGUCUGUAGCACCGCAAACACUCCAUGUCAUGUGCUACUGUUUGCCAAAUAUCUGUGUAAUAAUUUAUGAGUAUAUAGAAGGAUGUUUAUCAUAUGUGUUGUGCUUAAAAUGUAAGCCAUUUUUUGUGUCAUAAGCACACUUCAGGGCAACAAGAUUCUGUAUAAUUUUACUCCUUAAACAUCCAACAGAAGCCAUUCACAGCAGCUGGUGGUAAACUCAGCUUAUUUAUAACUAACGCGCUCACAAAGUGGCAUUUUGUACAUCAGUGAAUGAAAAGAGGUCACAACAAAUGAACUUGGUCUCACAGAAAAAAGACAACUGCUGCUAAAUAUUUACACCCAACACAUAGCAGGUGUGAAAUAUGUGACCUUAUUAAUUCACUACUCAUCGAAAAGACCAGAGGAAGUGAUAUAGUCCACACAUUUUACCUGACGUUUUGUAUAAGUAUGUGUAGAUUUUGAAGUCAAUUUUACAAAAUAAAAACAUACUUUAGACAAAAUAAAACAGUACUGUUUUCCUACAUUAACAAAUAAUAAUAUAUUUGGGUCAUUCUGGUAUUGGAGGACAUUUGAGCUUUAAAAUUUUCAAAAAAUAAACCUUAUUUUCUACAAUUUCCUGCUCCAUAUUCAUCAAUAAUAGGUUAUAAACUAUCAAAGGCUUGAUUGGCUCAGCUUACACAUCAAUGGUAUCAUUUUUUAUUCCAUGUUUUGUGUGUUGUUUGCUAACCCUACUCUAAUCACAGUAACAGGGUUGCUAAUCCAUGCUAAUGUGAUCUUUUUCUCAGCAGUAGAAGCUAGAUAUUUAGCUAGCUGUUAUUGCUGACCAAGAGGACAAACUGACUGAUGGAAAACAGUCAAAAGAAUGAGUCUGAUCCUGGUAAUAUGAGGUAGAGUGAGACAUUCAAUCAAGGCUGACAAUGUUAUGAAAAGAUGAAAAAUAGAAGAGAGGACAUAGCUUUGCUCUACUCAUUCUUUAGGAAAACUGAUGAUGUGAAUUCCAGCGUUUCAUGUGAUUCACUGUUUUCCAUAAAAAGGUUAUGCUGACAGGGUUGUUGUGGGACAUAUGUUCCAUGCAUAAUAAUUAUUUAAAAUAUUAUGUUGAUUAAAAAAAUCUUCCCACAAUUACAAGAGACAUCAAUGAGAAAAAUAAUACCAAAAAAAAAAGAUUUAAAUUUAAUUGUAACUGUUUUAUUUGAGAUUCAGUUUGGCCAUCAGAGGGGUGGGAGAAGAGAAAAAUGACAAUUUAGGAGGAAGUCCAGACUUAUUUGACAUUUUAAAAAAUAUUUUCAAACCUACUUUUAACUUUUUUUUAGAUUUGGCCUCAAGGCAAGUACAUUCACACAACAACUGCAUGUUUUAGUAUUUCCUACAUGGAUUAUUUGAAAUUUGAUGGGUGAGAUGUAAAAUGUCCUCCAGUUCUGAAAUGACCCUUAUAACUACUUCUGAAACAAAUUUUUCAUAUAAAUUUUAAACAUAACUAAUAAAGCCUACUGCUAACUAACCUUACCAAUCAGUUCUCAUAUUACUGAAGUCUUUACGGUUAAUCUCAGGCUUAAAACUAGCAGGACUUCCCCAUCAAACUUUGUAAAUGAUUCAGAAUCACUCAGUGCAACACAAUCCAUGCCAUUAUUAGCAGCUUCGAGCUCUUUCUCAGCUCUGAAUCUGGUGGUUUUCUUGAAAGGUUGUCCUCACCGGGAGCAGUGGUUCGUGCACAGCCUGACUGUAAGGUCAACAGCUGUCACGUGAAAUCAAGUCAAAGAGGAGUCACCGAGACUUCGUACGAUAAAAGCAAGCAGGAGGUUUCUGAAAGCAGCAGAGCGUUUGUCUGUCUCUGUAGCGUUUCUGUAAAGCAAUCAAUAGAAGCUGCACAUUUUCUGUAUGUUGUAUUGACCUGCAAAGAUGAGUACAUUAAAGCUGAGGCGCCUGAGGAAAUCCCACCCAGCCUCAGUGCAGCUGCUCAAAGCGAAGCCCCUAAAGGUCGUCAUGCUGCUUAUUCCCAGUCAGCCGUGUGAUUGACAGCCUGUCAGCGCCACAGUCAGUCAAAGAGGGUUGUCGAUGAAGUGUUGCGUAAUAUGUCAGGCCGCGGAAGCCCACCCGCAUGGACAAGCGUGCAUGACCGUGACGGUGGGCGUACACGUGCAAUAAGGAAUGUGUGUCAUGUCCGCCCACACAAGCAUUUUUCACAUGGCAUCCUCUUUAUUCUCCCAAAGUGACAGAUUUUAAUUAAGUCUGUGGCUCAAAUCAGAGCUCCCAGCUGAAGCGUGUUGAAUGUAUUUACCCAUUCAUGACGGAAUGUAAGCGCAUUCAUCGUUUAAUGUUGUGAUUAAUGUUUGCAAAGGAGCUCGAAUAGCUCAGAGGAGAUGCUGUGAAAACAAGCUCUGGCCCUCAUUGAUUCAAACAUCAUGAGAUGCAGAAAUUAGAGUAGAUUAAAGGGUUUCAGGAAGUUAUACCAAGUAUAUCAAUGGUAUCAAAAUACGUUUUUGAUGAACCACAGCUUUGGUGUGGAUUUAAAAAUUUGCCUAAACUGUAUGCAUGAGAAGAGAAGAAAGGACAAAUUCACUGUUUGGUCUGUCGUCUUCUAAUUUCCAAUAAACAUACCGUAUCAUUCAAAUGUUUGGGGUCACUAAGAAAUGUCCAUAUUUUUGAAAGAAAAGCAGAAGAUAACAUUAAAUGAAUCAGAAAUCCAGUCUAGACAUUGUUAAUGUGGUAAAUGACUAUUCUAGCUGGAAACGGCUGAUUUUUACUGGACUAUCUCCAUAGGGGUACAGAGGAACAUUUCCAGCAACCAUCACUCUUGUGUUCUAAUGCUACAUUGUGUUAGCUAACGGUGAUGAAAGGCUGAUUAUGAAAUGCAAUUAUGUUAGCACAUGAAUAAAAGUGUGAGUUUUCAUUUUCUGGGUGACGCCAAACUUUUGAAUGAUUGUGCAACUGUAAAAAUAAAAAUUCAUGUAACGGGGUCGUGUGCACAGAUGCACAUUUUUUGACAUCAUUUCAGCAAGUGUUGCAUGCUACUUUAAGCGUUACUUCCAGUGUUUAUAGGUCAGAUGUGUCUGUUAUUCCAGGCUUGGCUUUGGGUUAAAUAACAGCAGAGCAUCAUAUGUUUCCAGUAUGUUAAUAUGUUCAUGUUGGUAUGUCACUUCUGAUCAUGACUCACUUUUCUGAAAGUUUAGAAUAAAACAUUUUCUAUGAAAUAAA